AUGGCCAAGGUCGACCAGAAAGUCGUUUUGAUCGUCAUUGACGGUUGGGGUGUUGCCGGUCCCCAGUCUCCUCCCGAGGGCGAUGCUAUCGCUGCCGCUGAGACUCCCUACAUGUCCGGCUUUGCCGCAGCCAAGUCGGAGACCGCGCAGGGCUACGCCGAGCUCGAGGCUUCUUCCCUAGCUGUCGGUCUGCCGGAAGGUCUCAUGGGUAACAGUGAAGUCGGUCAUUUGAACAUUGGCGCUGGUCGUGUCGUCUGGCAGGACAGUGUCCGCAUCGACCAGACCUUGAAGAAGGGUGAGAUGAACAAGGUGGACAGCAUUGUGAAGUCGUUCACUCGCGCCAAGGAGGGCAAUGGCCGUCUUCACCUUCUGGGUCUGAUCUCUGAUGGCGGUGUCCAUUCCAACAUCACUCAUCUGAUUGGCCUGCUCCGGGUCGCGAAGGAGAUGGAGGUCCCCCAGGUCUUCAUCCACUUCUUUGGUGACGGGCGUGACACCGACCCCAAGAGCGCCACCAAGUACAUGCAAGAGCUGCUUGACAAGACCAAGGAGAUUGGAAUCGGUGAGGUGGCCACUGUGGUCGGCCGUUACUACGCAAUGGACCGUGACAAGCGCUGGGACCGGGUUGAGGUCGCCAUGAAGGGCAUUGUCAGCGGUGAAGGCGAGGACAGCUCCGACCCUAUUGCCACCAUCGAGGAACGCUACGAGAACAAGGAGACUGAUGAGUUCCUCAAGCCCAUCAUCGUCGGCGGAAAGGACAGGCGCGUGCAAGAUGACGACACCCUCUUCUUCUUCAACUACCGCUCUGAUCGUGUCCGUGAAAUCACCCAGCUGCUGGGAGACGUUGACCGCUCCCCCAAGCCCGACUUCCCUUACCCCAAGAACAUCCACAUCACCACCAUGACCCAAUACAAGACCGACUACACCUUCCCCGUUGCCUUCCCUCCCCAGCACAUGGGCAAUGUUCUGGCUGAAUGGCUCGGAAAGAAGGAUGUCCAGCAGUGCCACGUCGCCGAAACCGAGAAGUAUGCCCACGUCACAUUCUUCUUCAACGGCGGUAUUGAGAAGCAGUUCCCUGGCGAGGUUCGCGAUAUGAUUGCCUCCCCUAGGGUUGCCACCUACGACCUCGAACCGGAAAUGAGUGCGGCCGAGGUUGGAAAGAAGAUGGCUGAGCGUAUUGGCGAGAACAAGUUUGAGUUCAUCAUGAACAACUUUGCUCCUCCGGACAUGGUCGGACACACUGGUGUCUAUGAGGCUGCCAUCAAGGGCGUCACUGCCACUGACAAGGCCAUUGGCGUCAUCUAUGAGGCCUGUAAGAAGGACGGAUAUGUUCUGUUCAUUACUGCGGAUCACGGCAACGCGGAGGAAAUGCUCACCGAGAAGGGUACUCCCAAGACCUCUCACACUACGAACAAGGUGCCGUUCAUCAUGGCCAAUGCCCCUGAGGGAUGGAGCCUCGAGAAGGAGGGCGGUGUGCUGGGUGAUGUCGCUCCCACGGUUCUUGCCGCUAUGGGAAUCGAGCAGCCCGAGGAGAUGUCCGGCCGGAGUCUCCUGGUCAAGGCAUAG